AGCCUUUCAAGUUCAAGACAUGAAGUACUCUCUUGGAAAUCUUUAUGAGAUAGCUUAUGAGGUCAUUAAUGACCCACGAUCCGCCCGUUUCAAGGAGGCGCAAACAGCAUGCUGUGGGAAUGGAAGCUACAAUGCCGAAUCCCCAUGUAAUCUAGAUGCAAAGCUUUGUCCGGAUCGUCGAGAGUACGUAUUCUGGGAUGGAAUUCACCCAACUGAACGAGCAGCCAAAUUAGCAGCUCGGGCCCUCUUUGUUGGAGGAGCAAAAUAUGCAACACCUGUGAAUUUUAGUCAGUUGAUAGGGGAUUAAUAUCCUGAUACAACUAAUUAAUAAAAUGCAAUAAUAUGAGUUGUAUCAAUGAUGAAGAAGAUCG